AAGGAGAGGAGGUCGAGGAAGAGGAGAAGGGAAGGAGAGCAGAGGAGACGGGUGUUGCAGCCAUGUCAGACACACCUUUGCAGAGGAACGGCACAGCAACAGCACCGAUGUCGUGUGAGGAGGCUCAGCUCCACAAAGAGAGGCUGCUGGCCUUGGCGGAGAAGCGAAAACGGCAAGCUGAAAUCGAAGACAAAAGAAGCAAGCUAGAUGAACUGGUGCUACAGCUACAACAUCUUAAGUCCAAAGCCAUGCGCGAGCGAUGGCUCCUCCAGGGAAUGGGGGUGGAGGAAGAGGAGGCGCGGCGGAAGCAGCUGGAACAGGAUGAAGAACAAGGGAAGAGGCUGGAAGACAUGAUACACAGGCUGGAGUCUGAAAUCGGUGCACUUGAAAGUGAAGAGUCUCAGAUCUCAGCCAAAGAGCAGGUUUUACGGGAACGUCUGAAAGAGACAGAGCGCUCAAUAGAAGACCUGCAGAAGAGUCUGAUGACCCAGGAUGGAGAUGCCACCUGCUGCAUGUCCGGCCCUCUCUCGGACUGCACGGACCCCGAUCCCAACCACCUCGUCCUGGCCACGCAGCCCCGGACCGGCCCACCUGCCUCUGGAGAGCACGCCAUACCAAGACCCGCAAUGUUUGCCAUGGAGAUCAACGUGCAGCAUGACCCACAGACCGGCGAGCAGCGCAUCCUGUCAGCCAACCGCGUGAGCCCGUUGGAUGUGGCGUCGCGUGGCGUCAAAGUCUAUGACGAUGGCCGAAAAGUGGUGUACGAGGUCACUUCCUCUGGGGGUGUGUCCACGACCACCGUGGAGAAUGGUUGGAGCUCUGCACAGGUUGACCAGCUGAUCCAGCGUGCUGCCAGACCUGUUGUAAGAGGAGGAGAUGGCGGGAGGGGUCAGGUGACGGUGACCCCAGCUGUCCCACAGGCCUACAUAUCCCCGGCAGAUGUUGAUGAUCUGUCCCCCCCCUCCUGCGCCCCGCCAUCCAUCCCUUCCAGCCCACCAGCCCAGGUCACCCUCCAGAGGGAGACCCGACUGGGCAUGAUGCCCCCCUCUGCUCCUGUAACAACCCAGCCCGGCUCCUCAGCCCAUCCAGGCAACGAGCUAACUUCCCCCCCUCAAGCCAGUGUGGAGCAUCCAGUCACCAUGGUGUUCCUCGGCUACCAGGAUGUUGAGGACACGAGCGAGAGCAGGCGGCUGCUAGGCUUUGACGGUGCCGUGAAGGCCGAGGUGGUUCUGAUCGACGAAGACGAUGAGAAAUCGCUGAGGGAGAAGACGGUCACUGACCUAUCUGUCAUCGAUGGCACUGCGGCUGACCUCGUGUCGGGGAGGCCAGCCACGUCUGAGGCCGCCAGCACGGAACUGUCAUCUGACGGCCGUGAGCCUGACAGCGCCUCUUCGCCCCCCGCGAAUCAAGACGCCAGCACAGCCCCCCCCGCCAGCGUCACCCCCGCCAAAGGCUACAGCCAAACACCAGAGGUUGCCGUGACAACAGCAAAUGGCUAUCAAGCUCCCAUUGUGACCAGACAUCCUCACACUGCCAUGAAAUCGUGGCGGGCAGCCGAGGAUGUCAGUGACACAAUACCGAGAGAGCGAGCCCUGAAGAGCGUCAGUUUCCAGGAAUCGGUCAGCGUUAUCACUGACAGGCCUCAAACCAUGGAACUGGAGAGCCAGCAGAUCCAACAUGGCUGCCUCAGCAGCCCCAGUAACCGAGCCCAUAGCGCAGCUGGUGUGAAAGUAGAGACUCCUGACAGUGAGGUGGUUCAGGAGAUCCGCUACCUGGACCAGGUGUUAGACGCAGCCUCUGAAGCGCCCACUAACGGAAACUCUUCUCUGUCAGAACACACCAAACCAAUCAGCGUCGACGGAACCUCUCCUUCUGUCUGUGUGUCAGCCUCCUCUCUUAUCAGUCACCAGCCAAUCAUUGUGGAGCGUCAGAGACAAACAACUUUCCUCCACCAAGAGGACUCUGCCGCGAGAACCAACGGGCAUGUGCAGGGGGAGGAGUCGGGGCGCAGCGGUGCGAAGUUUGAGCUGAGAGCGUUUCAGGAGGAGAGACGGCCAGCAAAACUCUUCUCCCCUGGAGAGGAGCAGCAGGUCAGGGUGACGAGGAGACGACCCUCAGAGGAGGUUCAGGAGUUGGAGCGUGAGCGCCAGGAGCUGAUCAGAGACCAGGCUGUGAAGAAGAACCCUGGGAUCGCCCAGCGCUGGUGGAACCCUCCUCAGGAGGUUCCUUUGGAAGAGCAGCUGGACACAGAGCAGCUUGAGUCUCUCAGGAAAUACCAGGAGAGAAAACAGCAGCGACAGAAUCAUAGUUAUACAUACACACAGCCACAGGUGUCAGGUCCUCCCACAAUGGUGACCUUUGACCCAGAGCUGACCAGGAAGGAGGACAUUGUGGAGAAGCAGAUUGACUUCUCAUCUGCCAGGAAGCAGUUUCUGCAAGGCAAUGCACCCAGGAAGGAUGUAGCUCCUCAGAUAUACUCCGCCAAGCCCUUCUCAAAAUCCAUAACCAGGGGCAGCCAGGCGAGCAUUGACAUUGUUGCAGAAAGUGGAGAGAGUCAUGUGACCUGGUCUGAUGAAGGAAUUGCAGGAGAAUUCACAUGUGCACGAGCUGUAAUGACAAUCCUGCGUGAGGAAGAGGAAGGGAAGGGUCAUUUCCUCCCAGCCUUCCACCCAGAGGAGUCUGACUCAGGACUGGACGAGUCAUCUGUCCGCUCUCAGGACACUACUGUGUUUAGCUUGGAUAAUGUUUCCGACAGCGGGGCUUCGCUAUCCUCUACCCCGUUGCCACUUACCCCAGUGUCACCUCCUACCCCCCAGCCCACCACCCCAGUCAACGGGCAGACCAGUGGCAGUCCAACAGAAGACGAGCUGGAGUACCACGCUGGGGUACUUGUCCAAAAUGCCAUCCAAAAUGCCCUGGCAGCUCAGAAUGGAGGAAACUGGCAGCCAACUGACUUGAAUUCAUCACAGCUCAGCAAUCCUGUGUCUCCAUCCUCAGCUUAUACAAGUAGCCCAGUGCCAGUUUCUUUCUCCCCUGCGUCCUCUGGUGGAGCUCCGAGUCUCACAUCACCUGGGUCCUCCAGUCCUGCUCCAUCCAACCCGUCCCCUCAGCCAGACAGGCGGCCAGAAGUAAGAGUUGUUUCCCAAGAGAAGCCCUCAGAAUCACAACAGACUCAGCAGCAGGAACAGCCCUCAGGUCCAGCACAGCCAAUGCAGCUCCAGACACCUUCUCCACCACCUUCUCAGCCUGUCUCACCUCCACAGAGACCCAAAGAUGGAGGCCCCAGGAUCAAAAUCCAGUCCUCUUACACCAGAGCGCUGGCUUCUUCAGCAUCGGCUCCAGCUCCAACUCCAGCCUCAGCAGCUCCUGUCCCCAGGCCAACCCCAGUCUAUCGUGUCCCUUCUCCUCCAAGCCCGGAGAAACCGGAGUUCAGCUACUUCAGUAAAUACUCAGAGGCAGCUGAACUGCGUAGCACAGCAGCAGCAACGCGAGGCCCUGAGGUGGAGGCGGCCAGCGGCCCAUUCCGCUUGCGCUCCAAGAAGCAGCGAACUUUGUCCAUGAUUGAGGAGGAGAUCCGAGCAGCUCAGCAGAGGGAGGAGGAGCUGAAGACACAGAGGAAGGCGCAACCUGUUGUUAUGGUCCGCCCCAGCAACACCUCUAGCAGCAGUCAUGGGUCUGUGAGGGCAGGCGUGCGGCAAACCACCAUAUCCCCAGCCGAUAAGAUUAAGAGCAACAGCCUGCCAACUAGACUCACACUGACAGCAAAGACAGCACCAGGAAAGAUCGAGAAGGUUCGACCUGCACCGCCUGUCUCACCCUCACCAUCAGAAGGAGCCCUAUCUGACGCUGGCAGUGAGGACUCUGGAGGAUCACGACCCAAAAACUUCAUGCAGACGCUUAUGGAAGACUAUGAAACACACAAGGUGAAGAGGAGGGAGAAAAUGGAGGACAACAGUUAUGCCCGUUUGUUGCUGGCUAACGAGGUAACCACUGAGGUUCUGGAGGCCACUCGUGUCACCAGGAGGAAAAGCGACAUGGCGCUGAAGUGGGAAGCUGGUAUCUACGCCAAUGAGGAAGGAGAGGAAGAAGAACAAGAAGAGGAGGAAGAAGAAGAGGAGGAGUAAAGAGUUCCUUUCAGAGACAGUGAAGGGACUGAGCUGAAAGGAGGAGAAAGAGGAGGAUGAAGAGACUGAAGGAAAAAUGCAAACAGGAGGAGAAAGGAAACAGUAUUUAUUUUACUAAUAGUAUUCUGAUGAUCACAUGACCCUAGGGCUUGACCAAUGAGGCUCAUCGAUGAGAUGCAUCAAGUUGUGAUUUUUGGACCUGAGGAUUGAAGUCGGAACAGUAUGUUAAAGAAUGAGUAUGUGAGAGACAUUUGAAGUGUUGCGGUGAGUUUGAAGAAAAAAAAAAAGGUCAGGGACGCAAGAGACACUUUGAAAGGGUUAUAUGGUGGCUUAGGAGCAUUCUGCAGAAGUUUAUUUGGGAUAGAAGGUUUUUACUAUUAGACGCUGAAUGACUGAAAUAUUCAUAGGAUUUUUCACUUAUCUGCCAUUUUAUUGUUGAAAUAGGGGCUGGGAUCUAAAGAUUUUAUUUUGACAGGUUUCCUGAGACUUGAUGAUGACGGUUUUGGCAAUGUGAGCUUGAUAAUAGCCUGAAUCAUCUUCAAAAUGUGUGGGAAGCGUUUGAUUACCAACAGGAAAAAAGAUGCAAAAGACAAGCAGGUGUGUGCAGAGUGACUAUCAAGAAAGGAGAAAGAGCGAGGCCUAAUCACACACUCAGACAUGUUUUCUGUAAUUUCAGAAUAAUUUUUACCUGACUUUGAUGACGCUGCGUGGAGGCUGUAAUGUUUUCCAGGAUUUUAACUAAAUGGGACCCGAUGCAUCACUUUCGGAACCCUUAAAGUUUUAUCUUCUGUAUCCUUCAGUGCCAUAGUACACCACAGUACAGAUAUAACACACAGACAACAUGUCGGUGGGAGCUUUGGCAUUCCUUCAAGCAUCCGUAUUAAAUCCUAAGUGGCGACUUGAGGGCCAGCGUCCAUUAAUCCCUUAAAUGCUCGCGAGGGAAUUUGCAAAACUAGCAUCAAGGUGCAACUUUGCUUUAGACCUGUCAGUGAUUUGUUGAAUGCACGAUACGUAUGAUGUAUUUUACCUUCUCCUAUCCUGUAUUACUACAGUUUCAGUAGAACUUAGAGAAAAUAAGCAACCACAUAACAUAGUCUCUAUACAAAACACUGCUCUUCAGUGACUUCACAUCUAUAAGGUGCAGACAGUAGGGGGAGAGAUGGGGAAGAGGGAAAGGUUAACUGCAGGUCAAAUCUGUGUCACUUCAGUCGGUGUGUGUAUUAAUGAAAGGGCUGGGUCAGGGGUUUUAUAUUCUAAAAAUCACUUAUUUUACCUUUGCUGGCUAUGCCGCUUUGUUGAGCUGUGCUUUCUGAUGUAAGCAGUUGUUUCAUGUAUUAUACUGAGGUAGGACUGUGUAUUUGAUAUAUGAAAAAGUAUGUUGAGAUUCCAGUGGGGCAACUGCCGUCUAUCUACUACACCUUGCUAGCUGAGGAUAAAGUUUGAUGAGAAAUAUUAAACAAGCUUUUUAUAAAAAAGUUGUUAUACCAAAACACAAUGUUGUUAUUUAGUGAAAAUCAGUCAGCCUAAGCUCUUACGUCUAUUUAAAAAGUGCUGAUUGUGUGCAUGGCAUUACACUCCUUUCCUAACCUGAAAUAAGCACACAACAAGCAGCAAAAAGAAGACAACUAACUAUCAGUAACAACAGGCUGAACAGACCUCUGUUCAUCUUUAUGUCACUAACAUACUGUAAGUAGGGGAUUUGUCAGGUUUUUUUUUUGUACCGAAUAUAUUGUGAGCUUUGAUUUUGCAGGAUGACGUGAUUUUCUGUUCUGUUAAAUGAACGAAAAAUUAUGGCAAUACAGGCCUCUGUGAGUCUGAUGAUACUGUGGACUGUCCAGGUGUAUAAAACAAGCUUCAUGAUGAAAACACUAAACCCACUGCAGACACAAUCCGAAUAAUCCCUGGUGCCUACAGGAAUGUCUUGAAAUGAGAAUUUAAAGUAGAACUGUGUCAGCAUGGCUGUAGAUACGGUAUUUCUGAACCACUUUAACUGAAAAGUAGCAAAAUUAUUUUACUUUUCAGUCUUUAUUUUGAAGCCUAUGGGACUUUUUUUUUCAGCCUUAGGAUAUCAGGAGAAUGGUUCUCUUCUGUAAACCAAAGGUUACAGGUUUGAUCACAUAUGUGUCCUGUUCAAGUGUCCUUCAGCGAGGCACCGACCUCUCUGUCUGCUCACACUGAAUGAAAUCCUCAGAUAAAUGCCUGAAAUACAAAUGUACACUGAGGUAAACUUGCACAAAAUAUAAAAAGCUGCGUGACACAUACUAACCCUUGACAAUAAUGAAUCUAUAUUGUAUUUAUUGGGACAGCACCAGCAUGAGGUCACAUUCCUCUUGGCAAAUGAUCUGACUUGGCUGUCUCGUAAUAUGCCCUCAGUGGGAAAUGAAGAUUCAGCAGCUCCACAUACCAGAAGUGAAAAACCAAGGACUUCUGCCUCUGUGCUGCGCCCAUUUCCCCCUGAAACAAAAAAAAACGCAUUGUUCAAGAGAAUCCUCCAUGUUCUUGUUUUUUAUACAUUUUUAAUAAUAUAUAAAAUGAAAAAAAGUAUUUAAAGGACUAGUGUCCCUUUUUAUGAGCGUGAGAAAAGCAAAAGAAGUUUGUCAUUGAUACCACAAAUGUAAACAGAGGUACAGUGUCAUUGAUGCUGAUUUGAGAUUUAAUUUUUGCCACAGGUCUUAAGGAACAAAUGAAAAAGUCAGUUGGGACAAAAACUGUUUUUCUCGACAUCAGGAACAAGAUUCAAACCGCCAGGCAAUAUUAAAAGCACUUGUCAUACUGGUAUAUUUGCUUUCCCGGUGAGAAAUAUGAGAUUUAAGUGGAAACGUGAGCCUCACCAGAGCUUUUUUUCAGGAUGAAUAACAGAUACAGACCCUUUUAUGAUGAAUGAGAUUGUUUUACAGUGGCCCAAUCUGGAUGCAGGCUGAGCAUCGACUGUAUCCAACCUUUGGCCACAUUACCAUUUCAGUUUUUAGAAACCGAAGCAAAAGGCCUUUUUUCCUAGUAUACUGCAGCUGCAGGAGCACGUUGUAAAACUCUGUUAUUGCACACAAACACACUCAUGCUGUCCUCAUUUCUGCUUCAAAGGACACAAUUAAACCCCCCCCCCAAACCCGUUGGAGUUCUCAUUAAAAAAGAAAAUGCGUUUGAAAAGGUAACAGACAUCAUGCACACACGCGGAUGAGUUAUAAUUGUGUGAUUUAUUAUUAUUAUUAUUAUGCUUUUGUUGUUUGAAUUGAUGGUGCAGAGAUGAUUUAUUUAUCAUUUUAAAUGCCGGUAGCUUGUUUUCACCCCGCAGAAGCUCCCGAGCUUCGGUGCGGGGGACUCACACUGUCUGCAUGUGACAAAGCAAUCGUAUCCAACAGUAUAUAACCUCUGUCCCCAUGUUAACCACUUGUAUGCUCAUACUCUGCUUUUUUUUUUUUUUUUUUGUAGCACAUGUAAGGCUCACAGUUAUACACCUACUCUACAUAUUAUG